AUGGAAGGGAGAUGGAGGAGAUGUCGGGGAUUGAAAGUAGAAAGAGGCAGUGAUCUAGAUCCGGUGGGUCAGGGGGGGUCGGGUGGGUCAGGUGGAUUUGGUGCCGGAUCUGGAGUCGAAACUGAAAUCGAAACCCUUACAACCGAGGUGACAUCUAGUAGAGAGGGCGGAAAUCGAGACUUUGCACUGCGCCUAGCCAUGAGAGGAGCACGAUGA